AUGGUUUCCUACUCUCUUAUUGCCGUUCUCAGCUGGACCGUCCUUGCCCUCGGCACUCUGGCCGUACAGCAGCCGGAGAUAGAAGAUCACGAGUGGCCUCCCUACAGAGCCUCGCUGGCUCAUAUACGAUCGACGUUCGAGGAGCCGCGUCCGGCACCCGACUCUCGCGUCCAGUAUUACUCCCACCUCCUCGCGGGUCAAGCUACCGCCGAGCGAGAUGCCUGGGAUUUUGCUCAUCAGCAGGGCAUGGGGCCCGUCCAUGUGAGCUACGACUACAACCGCCGCUAUGCCUACGUGACGACCAAGAUCCCACGAGAAAGCACGCUAGGUAGGAAGUGGGGUCUCGGCCAGCCCGAGAUCAGUGACCUGGGCUUUCGCCGCACGAAGGACGCCUAUGCGUACUGGAAGGUCGACAAACGAGGUGCUCAGCUGUUGCGCCUGGACUUGUGGAGCUCAGGCUCCCAUGCUGCUCAGACGACAUCGUGGCAAAACGUCUACCGUGGACUCAGUCGUGGUCUUUUCGGCUGCCUUUCGUGCUUCGGCUAG